AUGGCCCCACGCACCGACGACUACGAUGGGCCGUUCCAGUGUAUGGGUGACCCCGAGCGACAUGAAUACCAGGUCUGGCUCCUCGCCGAGUUCCACGAGCGCGCCUCGUCGGCCCAGCUCGCCGACCCUGCCGACCCGGUCCAGUACCACCAGCGCGGCCUGUCCCGCCUGCGUGAGAUCGCCGGCGACCUUCAAGACCGUCAGCCUGUCGAGAUAGGGCGCACGCCCCACAACUACGUCUUCAACGAGCAGAAACUCGCGUUUGUCGUGCAGCUCAUCGACAAGCUGCGUGACGAACCGCCGUCGGUCGGCUACCUCUCGUCGCUGUGGCCGAGGGUCACACAAGCCGGCGACGGCUGGAUGUGGUUCCAGGACCGCUGCUACUUCAAGGAGGGCUCGGCACCGGCGCCAAACUCGGUCGACCUCACGAUCGCUGUCGCCGAGCUGGACGACGCGUUUGCCGCCUUUCAGCCUCGAUACGGCCCGGCCUACCUCGACCUCGCGAUCCACGAGCACAUGGUCGACUCGGACGAGGAGGACGACGACGACGAACCCGUCAUCGAGAACCUGUCCGGGUCGAGCUUCGCGGCACCUCGCUCGACAUUGGUCAUCAACGACAACGACGUCGACGCGUCCAACACCUCGUUCAGCUGUGGCGGCGGCGACGACUACGGCGGCGGGUUCGACCUCGGCGAGGAGGUCGGCGCGGUGGACGAGCGCUCGUCGGACGCCGGCUCGCCGUGGCAGCACGUGUCUGCCCUCGAGGAGCGGGAGCGGGAUCUCGGCGUCGGUACGUCGGCGCAGGGCGCGGCGAGGGCAGAAGCGGAGCGAGCGCCGGCCGCCGUCGAGGCGAGUGUCGGCCGAGGGCUGGGGCGCGGCAAGGAGCCCGGCACGAACGGCGACGCUCGAUGGAGCAAGAAGCGCCGGCGGAACGACGGCGUCGCCGUGUCGGCUCGUCGCGUCGAGAAGGCGCUCGACACCGAGCCGCUCGAGGCCCUCGCGUUCGACCAGCGCGAGGGCGACGACGGCGUCCGUCUCGCCCACGGUCGGCCCGCCCGCAGGCGCAAGCGGGUCGCGCAAAGGUUCACGCGCACCCGCACGACGUUCACCAAGCGUCACGUCGUCGUCAAGCCGUUCAACGAGUUCGACGAGGAAGGGCUCGCCGAGCACUUUGCCGAGGCGGUCGAGCUCGUCGACCCGGACAAGGCCGACACGCUCCCCCGUCAGACGUACCUCCUCGACGCGUUCUGGGUCCACGAGCGCAACGACCCGUCGACGCUCGUCCCUCUCGACCGCCUCCUCCGGGUCGACGGCCGCCAGCCUCUUCCCGACGUCGUCAUCGUCGGCCUCGCCCGCCCGCACGAUCCCGUCGGCGAUCCUCGACUCGCCGAGUCGAAGCAUCGCGAGGAGCGUGCCCGUGUUGUCGAAGCUCGCGAGGUGCGGCUCGUCGCGCGGUGGGACGUGCGCUCGGUCUCGUUCUCGGUCGACGGCGGGCCGAGGCUCGUCUCGAGGCUGGCCGACUACCGCCUCGCCACGCCUCGUGUCCCGGCGCCCCGGCGUCAAGUCGACGGCAAGGGCAAGCGCCGCGUCGCCCCCCUGCCUCGUCGUCGUCGCCCCGACUCGCCCCCUCCCCUGUUCGACCUGCUCGAGUCGUACGAGCCUCACGUCGGCGUCUUUCGCCGCCUCCUCAACCUGUACGUGUUCGCGCGCACCCACGCCAUCCGCGGCAGCUACGUGCUCUCGGGCGACAUCGGCGAGGACGACGACGUCGAGAGCCGCGAGGCGUCCAGGGUCGUCGACGACAUCCGCCGCCGCAUCAAGGCGAGCGCUCGAGACGGCGGCGUCGUCUGGCAGGACCAACUGCCGGCCUUUUGGCGCGUGCCGGUCGAGGCGCUCGUUGUGCCCGAGGACGACCUGUGCGACCUGUCGACCGACCUCCUCGUCUUUCGCGCACUGCCCGACUUGCCCUUCGUCACGCCCGACAUCUACAAGAUCGUGUCGCCGUUCUUCGCGCCCAACACGUUCCGGACCGAGAACGUCGACCAGGUCGAGCACGACAUGGACCUCGAGCGGCGCGAGACGUUGAAGCUCCUCAACAAGUACCGCGAUGUCGUGCAAGAAGAUCUCGAGACGCAGGACGAGCCCGCCGAGAGCGUCGGUCGGCCGGUCGUCAAGACGUCGCCGAUGUUCGUCGACGACCGCAGCUCCACCGACAAGAUCCAGACGUGGACCAGAGCUGUCGUGAACGGCGUCACGUACCGGGCCGGCGACAUUGUCGUCAUGUCCAGCUCAAUGGACACGGACGGGCUCGCCACCACGCGCAAAAAGCUCUCGAGCGAGAUUGACACGGCGGGCAAUCCCGCAUCGAGCGGGUCCGAGAGCGACGGCGGCCAGCUCGAGCAGGAAGACCGCGUCGGCGUGGACGACAUCUCGGGCCAGGUCUGGUUCGCCCUCGUCGAGUACUUCUUCCAGUCGCGCCACGAGGACGAGCUCCGAGUGCACCUGAGCUGGUUCUCGAUCUCGCGUCCGAUACCCAGCCUGAGCGUCUACGGCUCGCCUCGAGCGCUCUUCAAGCUCGACCGGUGCGACUCGCCGUUCGCCACGACCAUCUCGGGCCGUGUCGACCAGCCCGACGACUUUCGGUGGCUCAAGCCGGGCGACCCGCUCCCUCGAACGGGCUUCUACUGCGGGUUUACGUACAACGACGACACGGGCUCGUUCCAAGACGUCUCGCGGCUCGAGUCCACCUCGUUCGACAAGUGCCGCAAGUACGGCCUCAUCGACUGCGCCUCCUGCGAGUCGCAGGCCGUCUACGUCGACGUGACCAAGCCGUCGGUCAAGAACCCGCAGACGCGCUACAUCAAGGCCGUCCGAGGCGGCGGCGGCGACAACGAGCUCUUCGUCCUCGACGGCACGAGCUACCACCGCGACGACACGGUGUACGUCGCCUUCCUCGAGCACGACAUCAAGCCGCGCAACUUUGCCCUGCCGCGCAAGACGGACCCGGCCGACGCCGCGAGGACGACCUGGCGCCUCGCUCGCCUCCUCGACCUCGAAGCGCCGACCGCCGACGGCCACGAGUACAACUACGAGCCGGGCGACGAGAUCGUCAAGGUCAAAAUCGAGUGGAUCGUCCGGGCGCAAGAGCUCAAGCUGUCGAGGACGAGCGACGACGCGUACCUGUCGGCCCACGAGGUCCUCGUCACGAACGAGACCGAGCUCGUCGACGCCGGCAGCCUUCGCGGCCGGUUCACGCUCGGCCUUGUCGACGAGGACGAUCCUCACCUCGCCAAGACGGACGACUCGGGCGUCGUCACGGGCAAAGCUCGUCGCGAGCCGCUCGGAGAGGGCGACCUCAAGGUGGACGACCUGCUCCUUCCAGGUGGCGCGCUCUACUCUGGCGGCGGCCUCCUCGACAUCGGCCUCGAGCAAGGUUGCUCCCUCCUCCGCACCCGGGUCGCCAUCGAGAAGCACCGACCCGCGAUCGAGUGCCUGCAGAGCAACUUUUUCAACUCGCCCGACGGCAUCAACAAGAGCGUGUCGGACGUCAACGAGGCGGCCUACUUUGGCAAGGACCUGUACGCGCCCGAGCCCGGCUCGCUCUCGUUCCUCUCUGGCGGUUCCCCGUGCCAGGGAUUCAGCCGGCUCAACCGCUUCAAGACGCUCGACGACCUGCGCUGCGCCGAGCCGUUCGUUUUUCUCUCGUCGCUCGCCAUCUUCCGGCCCCUGCACGCCCUGUACGAGAAUGUCGCCGCCUUUGAGACGCACGCUCUGCCUUACGCCAAGCCCGGGCACGAGCGCGGCUCGUUCUUCCGGCUCUUCCUCGCCGUCGCGACUGCUCUGCGGUACCAGCUCCGGUGGACCAUCGUCAACGCCGCCGGCUACGGCGUCCCGCAGUUCCGCUCGCGCAUCAUCGUCCAGCUCGCGGCUUCGGGCGUGCGCCUCCCCGAGGUCCCGUCGCCCUCGCACGCCGUCAAGGACGCACGUGCCCGACGUGACCACCGCCUGUUCGACGAGCGCGACAAGAAGCUCGAGGCGUCGACCGAGGACGGCGCUCCUCACUCGCCGAUCUCGCUCUUCGAGGCGCUCGACGACCUGCCGCCGUUCGACAUCAAGGACUGCUUCGACGCCAACAAGGGCUACAUCGCUCGACCUUUCGGCGUCGAGGGCAAACCGGACAAGGCGACCGAGUACGGCACCAUCGCGCGCACGACGUUUCAGCAGCGCUGCCGGACGUACCUCGACGAGGACGGGCCGGCCUUUUCGAGCGGCUGCACCCACCACUUCUGCCGCUCCCUGUCGGAACCGGUCGCGCGGCGCGUUCUCGGCGUCAAGAUCGGCGGCAACCACGAGAAUCUCAAGGGCAAGCCGUUCUACCCCGAGCCGCCGCCAAACGUCCUGUCGAACCCGGCCAAGCUCGCAAAAUGGUGGCGACGGUGCACGCCCGGCAUGAUCCUGUCGCCGCUGCGCGCGACGUUGAGCUACGACGGUUCGUCGCAGGGCGAGCGGCUGCACUACAGCCAGCUGCGCCCGCUCUCGAUGCGCGAGCUGCUGCGGGUCAUGGGCGUUCCCGACGCGUACGAGCUCAACUUCCCGUCCAACAUCGGCGACACCGCGUUCGACGAGCAGCUGCGCCUGAUCGGCAACGGCGUCCCGGUCCCGCUCGCCGCCGCGUUCGGCCGCGCCCUCGAGGACGCGCUCGCGCCCGACGUCGAGGCGUACUUUGCCGAGCGGCCUCUCGCGGGCAAGGGCAAGGGCAAGGGCAAGGGCAAGAGCGUCGGCAGGGCGGGCAGCGUGUGGGAGAAGAGGUGGAGGGAGAUCGGGAGCGAGGCGCUGUGCGCGAGGAGCGAGGCGAGGGCGGCGAGGGAGGAGGGCCGAGCGCAGGUCGGGCACGGCUGGACGUCGUCAUCGUCGUCGGUCUCGCCGUCGCCGAUGCGCUCGGUGAGCUCGGACGAGGUGGCGUCGCUGCUGCUGUCGUCGACGGCGGCCGUCGACCGCGACGAGACGGACCGGACGUCGUUCGAGUCGGGCGCCGGCGGCGUGCUCUCGCCGCGCCGGCGGGUCAAGGCCGAGCGUCACGCCAUCGAGGUGCACGACUCGGACUCGUCCUCGGACGGCGAGCUCUGGCGAGCGCAGGGCGGCGCGAGGAAGGGCAAGCCCGAGGUGAUUGACCUCUGCGACUCGGACUCGGACUCGGACUCGGACUGAGCGAGGGCCUGUUGUACAAGGCGUACCAUCCAUCUCUCCUUGGUGUUGUGCCUGCAUUCCAUUCAUCUCUUGC